AUGUACAGGCUACGUUCCUUUUUGUUAUGUUCUCUAGCCUUAUUGCCAAACAUUGCACUGGCUGCGCCAGCUGCCACGUCCUCGAACGAUUCACGUCCUACACCGCCCCUGGAUGAUCCUUUUUACACUCCCCCCGAGGGUUUCGAGUCCACUGCUCCAGGGACUAUCCUUCGAUCUCGAACUCCCCCGUUCCCAAUUGCAGCAUUCAGCAUUGUCGAAGUGAACUUGGCUGGAGCCCAUCAGCUUCUCUACAGAAGCACUGAUUCUUUCGGGAAACCCGUCGUAGCAGCCUCCACGAUUCUCAUUCCCCGCAAUGCCGAUAAUACCAAGCUGUUGUCCUAUCAAGUAGCCCAGGACGCAGCGAACCCCAACUGUGCUCCCUCAUUUGCUUUACAGCUCCAUGCUGCUCAUGACAACAUCCUGGGUCUUGCCAUGCCCCAAGCGGAAAUUGCGUUCAUCGCCGCAGCCCUUGGAAAAGGCUGGAUCGUGACUGUUCCGGAUCACCUUGGAACCAAGUCGGCUUUCCUGGCUAACACUCUUUCCGGCCAGAUCGUACUCGACAAUGUCCGCGCUGCGAUAGACUCCUCUAAUUUCACCAAUAUUGCUUCCAACCCGACAGUUACUAUCUGGGGAUAUUCUGGCGGCAGUCUUGCCAGUGGAUUUGCCGCUGAACUCCAGCCAGAAUAUGCUCCUGAGCUUCAUAUUGCCGGCGCUGCGCUGGGUGGCACCGUGCCUCAAAUCCCGUCGGUGAUCAAAGCCGUUAACAAGGGUGUUUUCACUGGGCUGCUCCCGGCCGGUAUUCAGGGACUUGCCAAUGAGUAUCCGAAUAUUGACAAGCUGGUCCAGGAUAAUCUCGAACCCUCCAACAAGGACGAUUUUCUAAAGACCAAAGACUUUUGUCUGAUGGAGGACCUUGCGCACUAUCUUAAUAAGGACAUCUAUAGCUACACGAAGAAUAAGGACCUCUUCCGUCUGCCGGAAGCUACAAAGGUCCUCGAUGCCAAUGCAUUGGGCCAGAAGGCUCCGAAGAUACCUCUUCUUGUGUACAAGUCGGUCAACGACGAAGUCAGCCCCGUCAAAGAUACAGAUGAUCUGGUUACUUCUUAUUGCGGGAAGGGGGCCAAUGUGGAGUACAAGCGCGAUGUAUUGUCCGAACACGCCGCCAUGGAGAUUGUCGGUGCUCCUGAUGCGAUCAUUUGGCUCACUGAUAGAAUGAAAGGUGUCCCAGUUAAGACGGGCUGCACCAAGUCGACUUCUUUCACCAGCCUCACUAACCCAGGUGCCAUUGCUGCAUUGGGCCAGGGUGUUAUAGAUGUUCUUCUGCUGCUGUUGAAAGCACCACUGAAGCCAAUUGCCUAG